CCUCCAAGAAAAAAAAAAACACAACCAGUUCGGUCGUCGAGCGCGGAACUUUGCCUCACCUCGGUGGAUUUUGCUCUCUGUCAGCCUACCAGCGCUGCGUUGAAGAGGGACAAAUCUUUUAACUUCGCGAGCGAUUCCUUUAACUCGAAAGAUUUACGCAGUUGGAUUUUUCACUCAUGCCGUUUUCACAGCUCUUCUCCAACUUACAAAAAGUGGCAUGAUCAGUGUGUGUCGGCAAGACAGGUGAAUAUUUUCUCUUGGCUGGUUAAAGAACUUUUUUGACGUUAUUUUGAUAGGAAUAAACGGGCGCCGCAAAAAUGUCAAAGCCAGCAGAUCAUAUCAAGAGACCCAUGAACGCCUUCAUGGUCUGGUCUCGCGGCCAGAGGAGGAAAAUGGCUCAAGAGAAUCCCAAAAUGCACAAUUCCGAAAUCAGCAAAAGGCUUGGCGCCGAGUGGAAGCUGCUCUCCGAAUCCGAGAAGCGACCGUACAUCGAUGAGGCAAAGAGGCUCCGGGCACAGCACAUGAAAGAGCACCCAGAUUACAAGUACAGACCCCGGCGCAAACCCAAAAAUCUGCUGAAAAAGGACAGGUACGUCUUCCCUUUGCCAUACCUCGGGGACACAGAUCACUUGAAAGGACUUCCGGUGUCUGCCACGGACUCUCUGUUGGGUUCCUCAGAAAAAGCCCGAGCGUUCCUGCCGCCGACGUCGGCACCAUACUCCUUCCUCGACCCGAGCCAGUUUAGCUCCAGCGCCAUUCAGAAAAUGACAGAGAUGCCCCACACGUUGACCACCAGCACUUUACCCUAUGCGUCCUCUUUGGGAUACCAGAACGGGGCUUUUGGUAGUUUGGCUUGCCCGAGUCAGCACACUCACACCCACCCGUCGCCCACAAACCCGGGCUACGUCGUACCCUGUAACUGCACGGCGUGGUCGGCGUCGAGUUUACAGCCCCCCGUUGCCUACAUACUUUUUCCAGGUAUGACCAAGAGCGGGAUUGAUCCGUACCCUUCAGCGCACGCCGCUGCUAUGUAA